AUGCACGACCAGCGCAGGGACGUCAUCAUUGCUUCUUGGCUCAGCCAUUGGUCGCGCCUUGAUAGGUCAGCGGCAAUGAAGUCAAAGCUGAAAGCGCCGCGCUCGGCGGCUAUUCCGAGCGAUUUUUUUUCUCACUCUGUCCACACUUUUUUUUUUUGGCCUUCUCCAUCCUCAUUUGGUCCAGUGACAGUCGCUCCUUUGGGAGACAGUCCAGUUCAGGUUGUCUGUCCCGAGUGCCAUCAGACAGUACUCUCCAAGGUGGACUACUCCUCUGGUUUGCUCACUUACCUUUUCUGUGGAGGACUCUUCUUCUGUGGCUUUGUUUUAGGUUGCUGUCUCAUCCCGUUCUGUGUGGACAGGCUGAAAGAUGCAAGGCACACCUGUCCUACCUGCAAGACUGCACUUGGCGUGUAUAAACGCCUCUAACCGAUACUGGUGCUACGCCAUAUAGUCGAUUCAUCGAUUAGUUGAUUCAUCGGCAUGCUGAUUACAUGCUUCUUAAAUGUGAAUGUGAUGCUUUUCUUAGCCAUACACGAUAAUACACUGAAUUUGAAGAUGUCACCGUGCGUUGUGGGAAAUUACACAGGGCAUUAUUUUGACUAUUUCCUGACAUUUUAUAGACAACAUUUAUCGAUUAAUCAAGGAAAUAAUGGGCUGAUUAUGUGAUGAUGAAAAUAA